AUGCCUGGUCUUGUUCGUCUUAAACAAUUGUCGCUUUCUCCAUUACAAUUACCUAAUGAUACAACACAAAAUCUUGUUUAUCGAAAUCCAAAUGCACGAAUAACAUGGGAUGGUAUUGAAACAUAUAAACGUUGUAUUUUUCGUAAUUGGACACCUGGUGAAGAAUAUACACAAAUAUUAACAUUUAGAAAUUUAUCCGGAAAAAAUGUUACAUUUACAUAUGAAGUACCUAAAACACGAUAUUUUCAAACAAUUUAUCCACGACGUUUAACAUUAAGUCAAGGAGUUACAUUUAAUUUACCUAUACAAUUUAGUCCAUUAGAAAAAGUUCCAUAUGUUGAUGAACUUAUUGUUUAUAUUAAUCAAACACAAUAUCAUAUAACACUUGCUGGUCUUUUACCACAAUAUCGUUUAAGUCUUGAACCAAAAGAACUUAAUUUUGGUUAUUGUGCUAUACAAGAUAUACAAAUUCGUUCAUUUAAAUUACGUAAUAUAGGUGAUUUAGAAACAAAUAUUGAAUGGAAUUCUAAUGAACCAUUUAUAAUUGAACCUCGUGAAUGUAUUUUACCUGUUGGUGGUAUACAAACAUUUACAUGUUCAUUUCAACCACAAUGGGCAUUAAUUUAUGUUGGUACAGCAACAUGUAUAUAUGGAAAUCAAUCUGUAUAUGAACUUCAUUUACAUGGUAUUGGAAAGUUUCCACAUAUUAUUGUUCAUUCUGAUGAUGGAUCUAUUGAUGAAAAUACAGGAAAUAUUUUAGUACCUUUUGGAGAUAUGCCUAUGAAUGGAAUAUUAAAACAUGAAUUAAUUUUAUUUAAUCAAUCAACAUUUCGUGUACCAUUUCGUAUUGAAUCACUACCAGGUGUAGCAAAAUUUGAUACAGCUUUUUAUUUUGGAAAAACUGAAGGUAUAUUAGAAGCUGGAAAACGACAAACAAUUGCUAUUAAAUUUCAACCUAAAGCAUGUGAACAAUAUUAUAGAGAUUUUUUUAAUGUUAAUACACAACAAGGAAAUCUUGUAACAGCUGUUGUUGAAUGUAGUGGAAAAUCGAUCGGUAAUUUAAUUGAAAUUAGUCAUCAAAGAAUUACAUUUGGACAAGUAUUAGCGAAUAGUACAACAAAUCGUACAAUUGAAAUAUAUAAUUCACAAGAAACAAGUAUUGCACGUUUUCAAAUCUACACUUCUCCUGAUAGUCCAUUUCAUUUUUCAAUUGAAAAUGGUACUUUAAUUGGUGAUGGUUCAAAAUUAACAAUAAUUAUAACAUUUACACCUACAUAUCCAAUGGGAUAUUAUAAAAUAGUUCCUAUUCUUAUUGAACAUCAAUCACCAAUUCUUCUUGAACUUAUUGGUACAUGUCAUUCAGAUACGGGUAAACCACCUGUAUUAAAUGAUCGUUAUAUAAAAAAUUUUAAACAACAAAUAUCACAUCAUUUAGCAUUAUAUCCAUUUGAAAUAUUAAGUGAUUAUUUAAAACGUGGUCGAUUAAUUUUAGAUCAAUCUGGUUCAAUAAUGGAAACUAAUGAUCAAACUUUAAUUAAUGAUAUAAAAAUAAUUAAAGAUGAACAUGAUUAUAUCUUACCACCAUUAUUAAAUCCAUUAAAAGAUAAUUAUUUAUAUUGGUUUUCAAAUGAAGAUAAUACACAUUUUGAAUAUGUUACAUUAAGUGAAACAUGUUUUAUAUUUGAUCAAUGUUCAUUAGAUCAAACAAACGAAUGGCAACAAAGUUUAACAAUAACAAAUUUAACACGAGGAAAAUUAAUAGUUAUAUGGUUAAUAAAAGAUCCAUCAAUAUUUUCUAUAAUACCAACAGAAACAGAAUUAUUACCAUUAAAAUCUACAGCAUUUCGUAUUAUAUUUCGUCCAACAAUAAUUGAUACAUUUUAUACAAAACAUUUUGAAGGUUAUGUUUAUUAUAAAAAUCAACGUGAUUUUACACUUGUACCUGAUUAUGGUGUUAUGUUACCUGUAAAAAUAGAUUUAACAUGUAUUGGUAAUACAUUACGUUUAAAUCAUGAAAUAUUACCAUUAUGUGAAUUUGAUCGUGAUAUAAUUAUAUUUCCACCAAUAGGUGAACAAAUAUCAAUAUAUCAAACAUUAAUAUUAACAAAUACAGGUACAAUACCAUUAAUAUAUAGAUUUUUAACAUCAUCAAAUGAUGAUACAUUAAGUCAUUUUACAUUUAAACCAUCAAAUGGUUAUAUAAAACCAGGCGAUUAUGCAAUUAUAAUUGUUCGUUAUAAACCAAUACGUUCAUCAAAUAUAAUAAAUAAUAAUAUUUAUCAAGAACGUAUUAUUGUACGUUUAAAUGAACGUGAAAAAUUUGAUAAAAUUUUAAAUAUAUUUGCAACACAAGAUAAAGCACGUUUAUUAAUACCAAAUGAUGGUCAUAUAUAUGCAUUAACAACAUGUAUUGGUUUAAGUUCUGAAACACAUUUACAAUUAAAAUCAAUAACACGUUCAAAAUUAGAAUUUAAUUGGUCAUUAGAUAAUAAUAUAACAUCAUUAUAUAUUGAACCUAAAAAUGGUUAUUUUAAUUCAUAUGAAGAAAAAGAUUUUCUUAUUAUAUAUAAACCAAAAGAUGAAGGUAAAAUUUCUAUGCCAGCAAAAUUAACAUGUUGGAUUGGUGAUCGUACAAAAUAUGGUGCUGAAACAUAUCAUAUAACAAUACAUGCAUCAACACGUGAUGGUUAUCUUCGUGCUAAUGAAUUACAUCAUGAUCUUGGUCCAAUUGCAUUAGGUACAUCAAUAACAUAUGAUCUUUAUAUAACAAAUAUUGGUGAUUGUUUACUUCGUUAUCGUCUUUAUACAAAACAAACAAUAUUAGAUAAGAAAAAAAAUUCAAAUAAUUUAAUAGAUAAUGAAGAAAUGUCAAUUAUUGAAUUUAUAUCAAUUGAAAAUAAUCAAAGUGAAAUUGAUGGUAAAGCUAAAAUAUGUAUACCAUGUCGUAUACAUCCAUUUAGUCGUUCAUAUUAUCAAAUAGAAAUUUUCUAUGAAUUAUUAGAUGAUAAUAAUCAAUGUUUAAGUGAACAUAAACAUCAUUUAUGUACAUUAAAUACACAUGGUGUUUAUCCACAUUUAACAUUUAUUGAUAUACUUGGUUCACAACAAUCAGCAUCAUUAAGUAAAGGUUUAUUAUCAAAAGCAUUUAAUUUAACAAAAAUAAAUGCUUUAUUAGCUAAAGAACCUACACCUGAUGAAUUAACAUAUGCUAUUAAUUCACCUCGUGAAGAAAUAUUUUCGAAAAAAUUAAAUACAUAUAGAAAAAAUAAAAUUGAUAAUGGUAUAGCAUCGCCAUUACCACCACUUGAACAACCUGAAGCUAUUUCAUUUAAUUUUAAUGCUGCACCAAUGAAUUCAGCACCAUCAGAAGUACAUUUAUUACUUGAAAAUUCAAGUGAUCUUGAUACAACAUGGGCAUUUCUUUUUCCUAAAGAUUUACAAUGUGAAUUAGAAUAUUGGGCACGUACAGGAGAUUUUACAGAAGAAGAAUUAAAUGAAAUGAAAUUACAAGAUAAUAAAAUAUUUAGUAUUAAUCCAAAAAAAGGUAUUUUAAAAAAAGGUUCGAAUGUUACAAUUACAAUUACAUAUAAACAUAUUUUUGCUGGUCAACAUACAUUACCAGCUAUAUUUAAAGUUGGUCGUGGAAGACAAAUUAUGCUUAAUUUAGUUGGUAUUAGUGUUGAACCAGGAGAAAGAUAUGUUCAAUUUUAUUCGACUACUCAUCAUUUAUUACCAGUUGAAUUAGGUGCACAAGGAGCACCUGUACAACAAUAUGAAUUAUGGAAUGGUGGUACAGUACCAAUUCAUUUUCAGGUUGAUAUGAGUCAAUUAGAGCAAAUCUCAUUAUCAAACUAUGGUUUUUGGGUUCUUGAUUGUCUUACACCCGAAGGUAUUAUAGUUCCAAAUAAAAGUUUUGUAACUCAAUGGGUAUUUAAUCCACUUGAAGCUCGUGAAUAUGUAUUUAAUAUAAAAAUUGAUUUGGAAAAUUGUGAACCAGCAUUCAUUACAUUUAUUGGUAGUGGUUUCGAUAAACGUGAUAUAAGUUCUGAUAUAUCAAAAUCUUUAACAGAGAAUCUUGAAAUAACAAAACAAUUAAAUUUAAGUGAUCGUUUAGCUUCAUUAACAAUUGAUCGUAUAAAUUUUGGUAAUUUACCAUUAUUUACUAAACAACGUCAUAUUACUUUUCUUAAAAAUCAAUCAAAUAAAGAUUCAAUAUCAUUUAUUUGGCAUGUUACAAAUCCAGAACAAGUUCGACAUAUUCGAAUUCAACCAGUUCGUGGUAAAAUUCAACCUCGACAAUCUUUACCAAUAAAAGUCACAUUUAUGGCAAUUGAAGCACCAGCAUUUCAUGAUAUUGAUCUUGUUUGUGAAAUUUAUAAUGAAACAACACUUAAUCAAUAUAAUCUUGAUUUGAAAAAAUGGGAAAUUAAUAUACAAAAAAAAUGGGAAUCUUUUGAAAUUGAUGAUGAAGAAUAUAAAGCAUGUUUACGUAGUGGUAUACUUGAUGAUAAUGAUAAACAACAACAAUUAAUAGAAAAUCAAUUUCACCAAGGAUCAACCUUACAAAUGUGUAAAACUUUACCACCAGUCUUAGUUAAUUAUGAACUUGAUGAAAGUAAUAUUGAUCGUGCAAGACGUUUACGUGCUAAUAUAAGAAAACAACAAAAUACAAGACCACAAAUGCCUAUACCAGAAUUAUUACAUUUAGCAUUUACAGCACGUACAUUAGUUUAUAAUGAAUAUCUUGAUUUAUGUACGAAUACAAAUGAAUUAGGAAAAUUCUUUAUUGAUACAUGUUUAGGUGGUGAUUAUCGUAGUAAAAGUUCGAAAAAACGUUCGAAAAAAACUGAAGAAGAUGAAUUAAUUGAUGAUGCCGAUGAUGAUGAUGAUGAAUUUAAUACAAAUAAUAAUGAUCAAAUAACAGUAACAGUAGAAGAAACUGAUUUACUUUGUAGUACAUUAUCAGAUUUACUUCGAAAUCUUUUAUCUGAUCGAGUUUUUGCUGAUACAUUACCAGAAAUGAUUGCUGAAAAAAUACCAUAUUUUUCACAAUUACAAUAUACGCGAUCAUCAAAAACUAAUAAUCAACAACAACAACAACAACGUCAAGAGAGUCGUUUAUUAAAAGAUUAUCAAACUCGAACAAAUCUUGAUGAAAUUAAUACAACUGAACCUGAUCAAAGUUUUCUUUGGUCAAGUAUUGAACCUGAAAAUACUCUUAAUAAUCGUAGUGAACUAAUUUCAAAAGCAAAAAUUGUAAAACAAACAUUAUCAACACCAUCAUCAUUAUCAGAUUUUGAACAACAAAAAAAUUUAGAUGAUAAUGAACGUUUAAAAAAUAAUCCCAAUAUAACAUCAUUAAUUGAAGAUAUUUUAGAAAAUACCAUGUGGAAUAUUUUACAAGAAGCAUAUCAUAAUGAAUUUAGUUUAACUGCACGACCACGUCUUAUUGCAUUACCACCUAAACGUCAAUCAUCUUUAUUAACACGAUCUAUUCUUCAAACUGAUUCAAAUCAAUCAGUUUUUCCAUCACCUCCUCUCAUUUUGACGGAAUCUUUUGAUUAA